GGCGGAUUCCACCUCUUCUCCCGCAACUCUACAAUCCAACACUCAACCAAAUUCCGAACCUCCACCUCCUAACCCCAUCCCGAACCAACCCGAUCCACUCCCCCAAUUAUCUCAAUCACAAUCGCAAUCGCAAUCUUCAACACCCUCAUCCACACCCCACGCCACAAACCCUAAUUCCAAUUCACCGUUAGUAACUCCACCAUCGCUACCUCCUCCGCCUACAUCAUUAUAUUCCACGGUAGCUCCGCCGCAAAUCCCUGGCGUUCUCCCUCCGUCGGCGCCUUCGUUCCGGCCACUUGGUACUCAAGUGCCACAGUUCACUCCCUUGCCCAAUCCUGCUGGCGCUUACCAAAACCCUAAUCCGCCUCCCGGCGUGACCGGCUCCACUGUACCGGUUCCGAUGCCGCAGAUGCAACCGAUGAUGUCGUAUCAAAUACCGGGGACUAAUCCUGCACUUCGACCUUAUGCUCAUAUCCCAAACGGUUACGCUGCGCAUCCACAAGGAGCUAUAAACCCUGCGGUGUCGUAUUGAAAGAUGAGAAAGGAAAAGAAGGCUUCAUAUUGGUUAAAGACACCCCUCCCUUCUACAACUCAUUUUUUGUAGGCCACUUUCUGCUAGUUAUAAGGGUACUACUUUCCCAUCCAUGGCUUUUUGAAUACCACCAGAAGCCGACCAUGUUUGCAACUGAAUGCACGUUGACCUUUUGUCAUGAGGUAUUGCAAUCUUUUCAAUUCCCUUUUCUCUCUCUACUGCAGUUUCAUUCCAUUUUUAUGCUGCAACAUGGGCUCCUAUGUAUAAAAAAGAACUUAUAAUUCAACUAGAUUUUCCUUAGUAAACUAUGUAUACAUGAGAUUAUGAAAGUUACUAUUUGCCAUUGGUGGAUGGGAUGGUUUUAGAAGCCUGCUAUGUUUCAAGUUGUCAGACAAAAGGUAAGCACUUUCUGGACAUCCGUGAAUUUCAAACGCGAUAGUAUUUUUUUAUUGUUUUCUUCAGGUUGUCAUUUCAGCUGGUGAUUAUUUGCUGUGCUGCCAUCUCUAUUAUGCUUUUGAUGUGUGGUAACAGCAUUCCAUUGUUCGUCACAUUUUUUCUGUAUAUAUCUUUAGUGUUGUAUAUAUUUUAUUUGUUUACUGUGUAUACUCACUCAUGAUCUGCUCUAAUAUAUUUGCAUAGAUGUUUUCUGCUAUGUACAGGAAUUCCCCGUUAUCCACCUCCUUAUGGAACUAUGAUUCGUCCUGUAUAUCCUCCACGCCUUCCUGGAGCAAUCAACGUACUUCCAUUAUCACGCCCACCUGUUGCAGGGAUCCCCACAAUUCGCCCUAUUAUUCCUCCUGUUAUCAGACCCGUGGUUCCUCCUAUUGUUACUCCAUCUGAGAAGCAACAUACAACCGUUUACAUUGGCAAGAUUGCACCAACUGUGGAAAAUGAGUUCAUGCUUUCUCUCCUCAAAUUAUGUGGGAAUAUCAAGAGCUGGAAACGACCUCAGGAUCUAUCAAGUGGAACUCCUAAAAGUUUUGGUUUUUUCGAGUUUGAGACUGCUGAAGGGGUUCUCCGUGCUUUACGUCUCCUUACGAAAUUAAAUGUUGAUGGGCAAGAACUAAUGAUCAAUGUAGAUGAAGCUAUGAGAAACUAUCUGGAGAAGUAUGUUCAAAGAAAAACUGAGAAUUCAAAGGAAAAGGAAACUCAGGCAGCAGGAGGAGUUGAAAAAGAUGAAGAAGUUGCAAAACCUUCUGAUGUAAAUGAGGAUGCAAAGCCUGAUCUGGAGCACUCAAAAAAGGAGGACAGUGAUUCGGGGAACAAGAAAUCCCACGAUGUGGCAAGUUUUGGGAUUGUUACUGAUGAAGAUAAGGAAAUCGAUCGAGAUGCUUUAGAAAAGAUCAAGAAUAUGAUUGAGGAGAGGUUGAAGACAAGACCUUUGCCUCCACCACCUCCGCCGCCAACUGGUGAUGGUUCUGUGAAUUCAACUUCCGAACAACCGACUAAAACAAGAGAAGGGGAUUCUGACGUGGAUACAAAGAAGAAUGAAAUAGUUGAAGAUAAAAAUGAGAGAGAGACAAACAGUGAUAACAAACCAACCACUGAACAUGAUAGACCUGAAACACCUGACAGAAGGCAUGACAGGAAAAACAGGGAGAGAGAUCGAGAAAGGGAACUGAAAAGAGAAAAGGAAAGAGAACUUGAGAGAUAUGAAAGAGAAGCUGAGAGGGAACGUAUUCGGAAGGAGAGGGAACAAAAACGAAGGAUUGAAGAGGUUGAACGUCAGUUUGAAGUAUAUUUGAAGGAAUGGGAGUAUAGAGAAAGAGAGAAAGAGAAAGAACGUCAGUAUGAAAAGGAGAAAGAGAAGGAAAGGGAACGCAAACGGAGAAAGGAAAUUCUUUAUGAUGAAGAGGAUGACGACGGGGAUUCUAGGAAGAGGUGGCGUAGAAAUGCGAUAGAGGAGAAGAGAAAGAAGAGGCAGAGAGAAAAGGAAGAUGACCUGGCUGACAGACAAAAAGAAGAGGAGGAAAUUGUCGAGGCCAAGAAGAGGGCCGAGGAGGAUCAACAAUUGAUGCGUCAGAGAGAUGCAUUGAAGCUAUUGUCAGAGCACAUUGUAAAUGGUGGUGACGAAACCAUGGCUACCAAAGAGAUCACUAAUGAAAUGAAGAAUAUUGUUGCUGUACAAGAUACUAUAGCUGAUUAUAGUCAUGAAGGUGAUAUUGGUGAUGGUAAUGUACUAAAUACAAUCAAUGAAGAAUCAGCCAUGGCAUCUGUAGCCACAACUGAUACACAGUCAAGUGGAAAUGCUCCUAUGAAGAAGUUGGGAUUUGGUCUGGUUGGCUCAGGAAAAAGGACAACUGUCCCUUCUGUUUUCCAUGAAGAUGAAGACGAUGAUGCACACAAGGAUAAAAAAUUGAGGCCUUUGGUUCCAAUUGAUUACUCAACAGAGGAAUUGCAGGCUGUUGAACCUACUGCUUCUGGGCCAACACCACCCAAUUUGGCUGCAGCUGCUGAGUUUGCAAAGCGUAUAUCCAGUACCAAUUUCAAGGAAGAGAGGCUGGAUGGAGAACGGGAUAGAAGUAGGCAUUCAAAUGAUAAGUCUAACCACCGGGACAGGGAUCGGGGUGAUGAAGAUGGCACUCACCACAGAGAUGAACACAGGGAGAAAAAUUCUGACCGUGACAGGGAUCGAGAUCAUGGGUCGGAGAAACACAAGACUUAUGAUAACAGGAGGCUCUUGGAUGCAAAACAGUUAAUUGAUAUGAUACCAAAGACCAAGGAGGAGUUGUUCUCAUAUGAGAUAGACUGGGCAGUGUAUGACAAGCAUCAAUUACACGAUAGAAUGAGACCGUGGAUUUCAAAGAAAAUCAAAGAGUUUUUGGGGGAAGAAGAAAAUACGUUGAUAGACUAUAUUGUUUCAAGUACGCAAGAACAUGUGAAAGCAUCUCAAAUGCUAGAGCGUCUUCAGAUCAUUUUAGAUGAAGAGGCUGAAAUGUUCGUUCUCAAGAUGUGGAGGAUGCUUAUCUUUGAAAUCAAGAAGGUUGAGACAGGGCUUGCUUUGAGGUCAAAAUCAUGAUUUAUUGGAUAUUGCUGUUCUACCCUUUUCCUUUUCUGCUGGAUUUAGGUUUUUGCCACCAUCUCAUUAUAUGUGGCCAGCUGAAAUUAUAAGAUGGCUGCAUAAUCAAACUUUUUUCAGUUCGUAUUGCUUCAAGAUUCAAGUAGUUAUCUUGAUAAAUGACCGUUUUCUUUAUGCAUGAGAAUCCGGUGGCAAUUUUUCUAAUGUGAAUAGUCAACCUUGAUCUGUUGAUGAUGACUGUCCUGGACUUCUGUUGCAUUCUUUUUUGUUUGAUUUGAAGAGAAUAUCGUCCUCAUUCUUGCGUUAAGAAAUACUGUCCAAAGGUGUUAUACCCUCCAAUAUGAUUCAGUCAAGCAAGAUGUAGUUCUAAGCUGUACAACUAAAAUUUUAUUCCAAAAUAUAGACUAUUUUUUGUUUUAUGACUUUUU